AUGCACAAGUACAGGCUCAUCUCCAAGAAGGGCGAGGGCACAUUCUCGGAGGCCCAGUCGAUUAAGUCGGGCAAGCAUGUCGCGAUCAAGUGCAUGAAGAACCACUUCGACAGCAUCGACCAGGUCAACAACCUCCGGGAGAUCCAGGCGCUGCGCCGUCUGGCUGGCCACCCGAACAUCAUCAAGCUGAGCGAGGUCCUCUACGACGAGCCCACUGGCCGGCUGGCGCUGGUCUUCGAGCUCAUGGACAUGAACCUCUACGAGGCGAUCAAGGGAAGGCGGCACUACUUGCCAGAGAACAAGGUGAAGCUGUACACAUACGAGAUGUUGAAGGCGCUCGACCACAUGCACCGCAACGGCAUUUUCCACCGCGACGUGAAGCCGGAGAACCUGCUGCUCCUGGACGCCCUGCGCCCAGCGGAGCGGCGGCCGCCGGCAGGGGCUUUGGCACAACGGCCCUGCAAGCUCAGCGAGGGCGACAAGGGCGGGCUGAGCAUCCCCCUGCGAGAGCGUCCCCCCCCCGACCGCAAGAUGGACCUGUUCGCGGCGGGCUGCGUCUGCUUCGAGGUUGUCGCUCUGUUCCCGCUCUUCCCAGGGCAGAACGAGAACGACCAGAUCCAGAAGAUCCACAAUGUGCUCGGCACGCCAGGGAGAGAGCUCGCGCAGAAGUUCAAGAGGAAUGCGUCGCACAUGGACUUCAACUUCCCAGAGAAGAAGGGCACUGGCCUGGAGAGAUUAAUUCCCCACGCCGACCUGGAGCUUACCGAGCUGAUGAAGAAACUCAUCAAGUACGACCCAGAUGAGCGCAUCUUGGCCCGGCAGGCGCUCAAGGACUCGUUUUUCCGCGAGCUCCGGGAUGCCGAGAAGGAAGUCGCUGUGGCGGCCGCCCCACUGGAGCGCGAGGCGUCCAGGAGCGGGGGCCAGGGUGGCCGCGAGCCGCGAGCCAGGGAGGCCAAGGCCGCCGUGAGCCGCGCGGGCAGCAGCGCGAGCGACCACGGCGAGGGCGCCCCCGAGCAGACGCACGAGCGCAGCGACGGCGCCGACGCAGGUCUCGAGGAGCGCCACCUGCCAUCCAUCAAGCCAGAGAGACGGAAGGCUGGCGGGGGCGGCGGCGAGUCGGACGACCACGAGGACGGCAACAUGGUGCUGCCGCCCAUAGGCGGCAUAAAGGGCAAGCGCGACAGCAAGAUGAAGACGGGGACCCAGACCUUCAAGACUGCGGCGAACGCCUCGUUGAAGAACACGUCGAUGUCCGUGCAUGGCUCCAUGACAGUUCAUGGCGCUAUGAACGCUCACGGCAGCGGACAUGGAAGCAUUGGGCAGGGGUCGCAGAUGGUCGGGGUGCUCAGCAACUCCAAGGGCUUCGGCGCCAACCCAGGCGGCGUGACGCAGACCAGCUUCUCGGGGCAGAACGACCAGAUGUCGUCCACGAACCCUCACAGCUGGGGGGCCGCCAAGGUCGUUGCGGCGAUGGUGGCGGCCGCACGUACCUCCUUCGACGGCUCCCCCGAUGCCGUCCGCGAGGAGGGCAAGGCCAGGCUGGCCAUGGUGGAGCCAGCCCUCAUUGAGCUGCUCAAGGCAAGCCCUUUCGGAGACCCAGCCCUCAAUGGUGACAUGAAGGCCAUGCGCAAUACGGGCCUGCACGUGGACAUGGACUGCAGCGCGGACUGCCUCCCGCAGAAUGGCAAGGAGGCCAAGCGGAGGCAGCGCAGCGGCCGCAAGUCCAAGGAGAAGGCCACCCUGAGGCUGACGGAGGAGAACUGCGAGUGCGAGGAGGGGCACUCCAGCGAGUCGUGUAAUACCUCCGUGGCCAACCCGCAGGGCAUCCUGCAGUUGGGCGCCGAGGGCGCAGAGCAGAAGCAGGUCGAGGGCAAGGCAGUCGAGGACGCCUGCCUGGAACUCGAGGGCAUCGGCGUCUCCGCGAAGACCCUGUUGCGGGAGGUGCCCGAGGAGGCCGACGCGCAGGACAUCUCUUCGGCAUCGCAGCAGCCGGUGGCGGCCCGCGGCCAGCUCAACGAGUUGGUGCUCCAGGGCGCUCGGCAGCCCGAGCACGUGCUCCUCGAGGCGGUCCUCCUGGAGCGGCUGCGGCAGCAGUCUGCGGCGGUGGGGGGCCGCUAUUCCUCUAGCAUCGGCGGUUUCGGAAUCUCGUCGGUGCGCGAGUUCGUGUAG